UACUCUCCUAUUCGUUUAAUUUAGUUUAUGUUUUUCUUUUUGUUCUUGUGAAUCUGACUCCUGUGUAAGGUGGUUCGACUUCUUAUUCUAGGGUUUCAAUUUCUUCAUUUGUUAAUCAACCAUUUGUUGGUAGUGUUCCGGUAUAUAUGUGUCUUUGGAGACGUGGUUCAUACUCGUAAUCAUCUGAUUGUUUUGUUAAACAUUUUUGGUUGAGUGCUCAUAGAGUCUUGUUUAAAAAUCUGAUGGUGUUUUAAUUAAUUGCUCUCUGGAUCUUAGUUUCAAUUUCCUGUCUCUGAAACGUGAAGCACUAAUAAGUAUAGUUUUGCUUACUCUGAGUCUUAGUGUGACGGUUUAGAAUCAGGAAGUUCUAGGUUAAUCAAUCACAAUUAUGAAAGUAAUUAAGUAGUCUGGAAUUUGUGUUGUGCAGGGACUGUAUAUGAGUGAUUGGUUCCUUUCGUUUGAGGCUGCGAGGGCGAAAAAGUUAGCAGAGGAAAUGAUGAGGGCUGGUGAUUUUUUUGGGGAUCAUAAAUUUGGUACCAAGGCGCAAAGAACCUGCAAUUUUUUUGCAGACACGUUUUGGACGCGUUGCGUGAACUGUGGCCAUGGGCAUACAUACUCGAGAGAAUGUAUGAACACAGUCAUGCAUUGUUCCAUUUGCCAGAAAUCUUACCUUGCCUGCAACAUAGGGGGUGAACCUAUUAGUUCAACCGCUGGUGAAAAAGAAUCUCAAGACGGAGAGACCGAAAAGAGGAGAAAAACUGUUGAUGAUGAAUGUAAUAAGGAGAUAAAGCAGAACGCAGAGGAUUACACUCAGCUCCAGAAAAAGAUGGGUGAAAUGGAAAAGCCUAUAGAUGACAAGCUUAAGCAACACGAGGAAUUCAUGCAUGAUGUUAAACCCACGCAUGUUCAACAGCCUGAUUCCUGCAGUGAUCACAUGAAGAAGGUCCAAGGGAAGAUAACAAGUACAGAGAACGAAUAUCUCUCUUUGUUGAGAGACGAGACGAUAUAUCACACUCUUGUCGAUGCUUCAAGGCAAGCUGCUGAAAUCCAGAAUGUUACUGACAGAUGGAACAAUAUGCCACCUGCGUUGAAGACAAUUCGAGACGCCAUAUUUGAUAAAGGUCGGAUGUUAUUUGCGAGAGAAGCGCAACAACGACAGAGAAAGCAAGAACUUGAAGCGAAGAUUCUUUCAAUACGUGAAAUUGAAGCCCUAGGGAUAGAGAUUGCAGAACUUCAUCAACGCAAGGGGACUCUCACUUUAGAGUCAUCGGAUUUGGAAAAAGAAUCUGAGGAUUCUCAGCAGCAAUUAAACACACUUCAGGAACAGAAUACGAAAAGACUACACGAUCACUUAGUUUUAAUGAACCAGCUUGAGGAAAAGAAGACUGAGUUGGAAUCGCUAAAGGAUCAGUCGGCGUCUACUACACGAAAAUUGCGUAGGAAACAAAAGAAACUCGACUCUGUUGUUAAAGAUGUGAGGUGGAUAGAGGAUCAAAUCAUCGAAAAAGAGGAGGAGGAAAGGGAAGUUAAAGAAAAGUAUGAACGAGGAAAAACUGACCUGACCCGAAUAAAAACAGAGCUGGAUUACUAUAAGCGGCACUCAAAAAGGAUACGGAAGAAAAUCAAUGACGACCUCCUUGCACUCAACAAGGCGAACAAGUCGAUCGUCGAUAUUUCUACACAAUUCUGAUUCAUCCAAGGAGAUAAAUUAUUAUGGUUUUUAAAUUUACAAACAAGGAUGUUUCAUUUUAUUUUAUUUUGAAAACUAGCUUGUUCUCUAAGACCACAGAUUCGUUACACUUACACACAUACUCUUAAACAGUAACCUAGAGAUCCAUCAUCUCUAUAAAUAAUUUUAAAACAGGGCAAGAACUCCCUAAAACCCCAACUGUGUUUACGUGCAUUGAACAAGUCUUGCCCCUUCUGGUCUGUCAUGUCCAUCAGA